CCCUUUACAUCACACCAGCUACAUAACAGACCACCGCUUUACACAGAUCAACACCUGAAUUAAGAGGGUAGAAUUUCCUUUUUAAAGAGAAGGAAAACCCUUGCCAAAGAACUUUACUUUUCAAAUUUCCAAUCAAGACAAGAGGACACAUCAUAAGGAUGGGAUCUGCUGGGGUACAGAUUGUAUGUGUGGCCCUUGGGAUCCUGGGCCUGAUCGGGGGCAUUGUGUGCUGUGCCAUCCCUAGGUGGAAAGUGUCAUCAUUUACAGGACAGAACAUCGUAACGGCACAGGAAACUGAAGAGGGCCUGUGGAUGACCUGUGUGGUGCAGAGUACUGGCCAGCAGCAGUGUAAGAGCUAUGAGUCCCUGCUGGUCCUGCCAUCUGACCUGCAGGCGGCCCGCGCCAUGACAAUCAUCAGCUGCAUGGUCACCUCCCUGGCCAUCCUCAUCUUGUUCGCCGGCGCCGACUUCACCACCUGCGUGGAGAAUGAGGACAUCAAGCCCAAGAUCAGCCUUGUGGCCGGGAUCGCUCUGUUGGUGUCUGGCCUCCUCCUCAUGAUCCCUGUCAGCUGGUCCGCCCACAACGUUAUCAGCAACUUCUACAACCCCCUUGUGGCCCAGAAGAUGGAGCUGGGAACCUGUAUCUUUAUUGGCUGGGCUGCUGGGGUGCUGCUGAUUCUGGCUGGAGGCCUGCUCAUGUGCUUCAGCAGAGCCAAAUCUGGCAGUUCAGGAGGAACCGCCAAGUACUACGGCAACAGCGCUUCAGCCCCCACCGCCAACAAGAACUACGUCUAGUGCAUGUAUUACACCUCUGUAUGUUUGUAUGUGUGUAGAGAGAUAGUUUGAUGUAUUACACCUCUGUAUGUUUGUAUGUGUGUAGAGAGAUAGUUUGAUGUACUACACCUCUGUAUGUUUCUAUGUAUGUAGAGAGAUAGUUUGAUGUACUACACCUCUGUAUGUUUCUAUGUGUGUUGAGAGAUAGUUUGAUGUAUUACACCUCUGUAUGUUUGUAUGUGUGUAGAGAGAUAGUUUGAUGUACUACACCUCUGUAUGUUUCUAUGUGUGUAGAGAGAUAGUUUGAUGUACUACACCUCUGUAUGUUUGUAUGUGUGUAGAGAGAUAGUUUGAUGUACUACACCUCUGUAUGUUUGUAUGUGUGUAGAGAGAUAGUUUGAUGUACUACACCUCUGUAUGUUUCUAUGGGUGUAGAGAGAUAGUUUGAUGUACUACACCUCUGUAUGUUUGUAUGUGUGUAGAGAGAUAGUUUGAUGUACUACACCUCUGUAUGUUUCUAUGUGUGUAGAGAGAUAGUUUGAUGUACUACACCUCUGUAUGUUUCUAUGUGUGUAGAGAGAUAGUUUGAUGGAAAGGAAAUGGGUCAGACAGAAUGAAAACAAGAAAGGGGAGGGGUUUAACCUUGAGGAUAAAGAAGGGACAUUAUUAGUGGAAAUAAUGGUUGUAAAUAUUGAAUAUUUCAAAAUAGUAAUACUGGUUUAGUUGUAGUUAAUCCAAGGGUCCAAUAUGGUGGUUUAAUUUAAAAUACACAUAUGUGUUUAUUUGUUUUGUGGGGGGGGACUAACUCAAUAUACUAUAAUAUACUACAAAUCGAAACUGUGUAGAGAUGAUGAUGUACCGACAUUCAUACAGUUUCUCAACUGUGUUCAGCUCGCUAAUAAUCACCUACAUGAAGGUUAGACAGUCAAGGAGCACCGGAAAUUCCAAAAACGAUGGAUAGAGGAAAUUAUUUGACAAAUUGUGACGGCGAGGAAAUAUAACCAAUUUUCCGUGUGGACCUCAUUGAAGACCAAAUGCAGCCCCCGGGGCAGAAGGAGUUUGACACCCUUGUUGUAAUGUGUUAUCUCAUUGAGGUUUUUAAUAAUGGGUGACAUGCUCCUGUAAUGCCAUGAAUGAACAACAGAGAGCAAGGUGAGGGACUCAGUGGUCAUGCAUCUCCAAAUACAGGUAUAGUUAAAUGACUGUAUAUAUCAUUUACAUCCAUGAGAUCACAACUAUUUUUCUUAUGUAAAUCAGCUUGUCUUUUACUUUUGUGUAUCAAAUAAUAAAUACAUGUUUUUAUUUUA